UAAAUAGGUGAGAAUGAGAUUGAGUGACAUACAAGCCAGACUGAAAGCCCUCUUUCUCCCUCCCUCAUGAUCUUAUCCCUUCUUUAGCAUCUCAUCUACCACUGCGAUUGCCAAUCUCUCUCUAGUUUCCCCACCUCUUCCUCUAAUCCCCUUGACGUGCCUCGGAAUUUGAGAUCCUAUUUUUCAGAAGCCUGUUAGUACUACCUCGAAGGGGAAAAAUGAAUUCUUUUUUAUGUAGGUUUCCAUGCUACUAGUUUUCUUUGGGAGCCAUAAAUUCACCUGCCGCGUCUAGUAUUUCGGAAAUAUUUUGUAUUUAAAGCGAGAGAGAGAGAGAGAGAGAGAGAGAGAGAGAGGGGAGAGAGAGAAGUAAGCAGCAGCCGAGUCCGAGCAUCUCUCUAUUUCCCUCGCCCAGCUCUCAGAUCCGAAGCCCGGAAGGAAAUCGCGCCAACAGGCCCUAGCCCCAGAUGCGCGCCGCCGCUUGCUACAGGCGCUGCUGCUACUGCUUCUAGGGGGUCCUGCGGAGAUGCUGGGCGUCGAGCCCGAGGGCAGAGGCGGCGCGUCCUCCUCCGCCGCCGCAGAGAAUUUUGACGCUGGGCAGUAUGCCUUCUUCGGGAAGGAGCCACUGGAGGGGUUCGAGCUCGGGGGCUUGGAGGAAGCCGGCGGCAGUGAUGCCAAUGGCGGUGGAUUCAGUGGGCCAGAUGAGGGGCUGUACCGGCUGAACUCUGUUGGAGAUGAGAUUGAUGAUCUGAGUAACCUGUCUGACAUUGAUGAUCUUGCAAGCACCUUUGCUAAGUUGAACCGAAGCAUUAGUGGAACCCGGAAUCCUGGUGUUAUUGGGGACAGGAGAUCCAUUUCACGAGGAAGUUCUUUAACUGUUGACUGGGCUGAGGAUGUGGAGUUUUCAAACUGGGGAGAUCAAGACGUAUUUGAAAAUGAGGAAUUCCACGAAAGUAAAAGAUGGUGGUCAUCCAAUUCUUCAGUUCAGCAAGGGGAUUCUAACUCCAGACCACUAAGUCGAACAUCUUCCUACCCUCAGCAGCCACUGCAGCACCGGUCAAGUGAACCUAUCGUUUUACCAAAGACAUCUUCAUUUACCUCAUUCCCACCACCUGUUGCUGCUGCUGGUGGUAGAUCCCCUUACCCUGCUCAAGGCCUUACACGUCAUGGGAGCAUUCCAUCAAUUGGUGCUGGGCUCCAAAUGGGUUCUCCAGGCAUGUCACUUUCUGCUUCUCCAUACCAUAUGGUCGGACCAUCUCAUGGGCUGCCAUACACAGGAGGAAUGCCUUAUGGUGCUCUUAACCUGCCUGUAAACAAUCCUGUGCAAAAUGAUUGGUCGAACCAUGGUAACCCUUUCACUGGGGAACAUCUUAAUCUACUGCCCAACUUAUUGCACAAACAAUUAUCACUUCCUAAUAGCCCAAUGCCAUCACUCCUGUUUUCUCAGCAUCAGCAGAGAUUGGCACAGGUCCAAUCACCCCAUCAGAAUUACCUCAAUAUAACUCCACACCUGCUAUAUCCCCAUCACUCUGCAGAGAUUACAGGCAGGUUUGAUUCUGUUGGCAGUUCUCAUUCAUCAAGAGACAAGAGAUCAAGGUCGGGGAGGGGAAAGCAUAGCCUUCGCUUCUCUCAACCACCAUCUGAUACUGGUAGCCAGAAUGGUGACAGCGGAGGUAUAAAGUUUAGAUCCAAGUACAUGUCAUCUGAAGAGAUUGAAUCAAUCUUAAGGAUGCAGCAUUCUGCAAGUCACAGCAGUGAUCCUUAUGUUGUUGAUUACUACCAUCAAGCUUGUAUGGCAAAAAGAGGCGCCACUUCUAAGCAAAAGACCAAUUUCUCCCCAACAUCAAUGAAAGAUAUACCAUCCAAGUCUCGAUCCAGCAGUGAUCAGCACACAUAUCUUCAGGUUGAUGCUCUUGGAAGAGUAUCUUUCUCUUCCAUACGUAGGCCUCGGUCUCUUCUUGAGGUUGACCAUCCUUCAUCUGCUGAUGGCUCCCAUGAUCAGAAGUCUACUGUGAGGCCCCUGGAGAAAGAACCAAUGCUUGCAGCAAGAGUCACUGUUGAAGAUGCCCUUUGCCUUCUUCUUGAGGUUGAUGACACUGACCGUCUGUUGCAGUCUAGCCAGUCACAGGACAACAUUUUCCAACUGAAGCGGAGACGGCAAGUCCUCCUGGAAGGUCUAGCAGCAUCACUGCAGUUUGUUGAUCCUCUCGGACCCAGCAAAUCUGGUCAUUCAUCUGGGUUAGCCCUGAAGGACGAUGUUGUUUUUCUUCGCAUUGUUUCUCUGCCCAAAGGACGUAAGUUUUUAGCACGUUACCUUCGGCUUCUUGUCCCUGGCAGCGAGUUGACCCGGAUAGUAUGCAUGGCAAUUUUUCGCCAUUUGAGGUUCUUGUUUGGGGGUUUGCCAUCAGACUCUAGUGCAGCAGAAACUACAGUUGCUCUUGCAAAGACUCUUUCAUCUUGUGUGCAUCACAUGGAACUUGGUGCUCUUAGUGCCUGCCUUGCUGCUGUUGUCUGUUCAUCUGAACAGCCACCCCUGCGCCCUCUUGGUAGUUCUGCUGGUGAUGGGGCUUCUCUAGUUAUUAAAUCAGUACUGGAUCGAGCAACUGAGUUACUGACUGAUCGCCAUGCUGCAGCCAGCUACACUGUGCCAAACCGUGCUCUCUGGCAGGCAUCGUUUGAUGCUUUCUUUGGUCUUCUAACAAAAUACUGUGUCAGUAAGUUUGAAAGUAUUCAGCAGAUGUUUGUCAUGCAGGCACCAAGCUCAGGAAUUGGACCUGAGGCUUCCAAAGCUACUAGUAAGGAGAUGCCUGUUGAGCUACUUCGUGCAAGCCUUCCUCAUACAAACGAGCAGCAACGCCAGCGGCUUCUUGAUUUUGCUCAGAGAUCCAUGCCAGUAACAGGUUUCAAUCCCUCAGGUGCUAGAGGUGGGCACAUCACUUCAGAAUCUGUUCCUGGUUGAUGUAACCGAAGGAGACACACAAGGGCAAAGAGUCAAUGCUUUUAAACAUUGAUGAGCUGGUCUUCAGCUGAUAAUUAUUGUAUCUGAAGACAUGCAUGCCCCAUUAUAAGUUGUGAGCGAGCUUGGAGAAGUUCCAUUUGCUCAGGAAAGUAGCCUUCACUUCAGGUUGUGACGUAAGUUUAGGUUUCAGAGUAAUCGAAUAGACCAGUGAAAUCUGCCUUAUGUGGGUCAUUUAAUAUAGCACCCACCUGAUGAUAUUAUAAUAGACUAUGCAUGUACGUACCUAUACUGUUGUAACUCUGUGCAGUGUUGAAACUGGUGGUCAUGGGGCAUUUUAGUUUUUAACAUUUAUCUGCUCCAGCGAAGAAGACCAUUGUGGGCGUAGUUUUUAGCCUGAGAAGAAGACCUCUGGUGAGCGGGCAGGCACAUUUGCAUUCCUACCAGUCUAGCAGUGAUUGUACAGGUUGGGUUAUCGCUUAUCAGGGACUUUCUGCUUGUUAUUUUUCACGAGUGGAAGGUGCCCAGUAUCAGGUGUCAAAGUAUGUGGGGGGUGGUUUACUGGUUUAGCGUCUUGUUUACUUCACUUAGGUCAAAAUGUGUUCGAAUAAUGGAGUACUCUUUUUAGGCUUUGGUAAAGAUACAUUCUUCUAGUUCUUAAGUCUAAGGUUUCAGAUCCAGAUACCCACUGAUAUUGUUAUAGUGGAAUCCUGGAACAGGAAAUGUACCCUUUUACAUUUCUACAGUUGAUGUUCUUCGUAGGUCACUGGACUGGUUUGCACAUUUUGGGUUUUAUUUAUAUACUGACAUACUGUUAUUUAUUAAGCUACUCGUGAGUCUUGGGCUCUUUGGCCGCUA